AUGGCCUCGGCGCAAGAAGCGGUACUCAACACAAGCGUUGGAACGCCUGCAGAUUCAACCAAUGAAAAGCAGCAGGAGAGCAAUACCAGCUCCGAUAAAGAAAUCGACCUAGAAGGUGUCAAUGAGAAGGCUCUUGUUCGAAAACUUGACCGGAGACUCCUUCCACCUCUCACAUUACUCUACCUUUUAUCGUUUCUGGAUCGUUCAAACGUGGGCAAUGCUCGUAUCGAAGGUCUGGUAACUGAUCUUCACAUUACGGGCAACCAGUAUUUGACGGGGUUGACGCUCUACUUUAUUGGAUAUGUACUCUUUGAGGUUCCUUGCAACAUUGUCCUCAAGAUAUGGAGUCCGAGGCUCUGGUUUCCCACGCUCACAGUGAUUUGGGGUGUAGUUGCGACGUUGAUGGGAGUGACACAGAACCGAGCUGGUUUCUUUGCCGUUCGAUUCUUCCUGGGCGUGGCUGAAUCAGGGCUGUUUCCAGGCAUUGUAUUCUAUCUCGCCAUGUGGUACAAGCGUAACGAGAGACAAUUCCGUGUCGCUUUGUUUUUUAGUGCGGCUUCGCUUGCUGGCGCAUUUGGCGGAAUUCUGGCAUGGGGAAUUGCACAUAUGCGCGGCGUCGGCGGCUACGGAGGCUGGAGAUGGAUUUUUAUCCUCGAAGGAUUGCUCACCAUAGUCAUCGCUGCAGGAGCUUACUUCUUCAUCUACAACUAUCCCGAUACGGCCUCAUUCCUAAGCGACAGUGAAAGGGCAGCAGUCCAACAUCGCUUGAAAGAAGAUAGCGAUGCGACCGAAGACGAAGCAUUCAACUGGCAUAAUGUCCGAAAGGCAUUUACCGAUAUCAAAGUAUAUCUGUACGCACUGGGCUUCCACACCAUGUCACUUCCCCUAUAUACACUAUCGUUGUUCUUGCCCUCCAUAAUUCGUGGUCUUGGGUACACUGCUGCGCAGGCCCAACUGAUGACGAUCCCACCAUACGCCAUUGCAUUCGUCGCGACGAUUACGUCAGCAGUACUCUCAGAGAAAUACCAUUUUCGCGCCCCGAUCAUCCUAGGAUCGACCUCGUUCGCCAUCAUCGGAUACAUUCUCCUGCUCACCGACCAUCGCCCUGGAGUCUCCUACCUCGGCACCAUCUUCGCCGCAACGGGCAUCUAUCCCUCGGUCGCACUGGUCCUUGCAUGGCCCGCAAACAACGUCAGCGGACAGACGAAGCGUGCCAUCGCGAACGCGUUGCAAAUCAGCAUUGGAAAUCUAGGUGCUGUGCUGGGCACACAGCUGUACCGGACCGAGACAGCCCCGAGAUACUAUCUCGGCCAUGGCUUCGCGCUCGGGUAUCUCGUAGCCAAUCUCGUGGUCGUUUCGACGCUGUGGUAUGUCCUGAAGCGCGAAAACACCAGGAAAGAGGCUAUUGAUCACGGUAUUGAUCCGGGCACUCCUUUCUCUGGUGAUGAUGAUCCGAGGUGGAAGUUUCAUGUGUGA